UUUUUUACAAAAACCAGAAAUACACACCAGCCACUGAAUAAGUAAAACCAAAAAGCAUUAUUAUUAUUGUUAUAAUAUUUCUUUGUUUUGCUAAAAAUUCUGCAAAAACUUUCGGUUUGCUUCUUGUUAUCGCCUACCUCCUUGUUUCUCUUCUUCAAGAUUGAUUGUCGUUAAAGCUUUAUACUCUAAACAACUACAAGGCGUGCGUGUUCUUCCGAUCCGACUCACUGAUUACUUCCUCUUCUCCUUCACUCGGUCAUUAAUUUAUUCAAUGAGUUAAGAAGAUCGCAGUAUAGGAUCGUCAUGGCUACAACAGAUAACAUUAUAGUAGGUUCUCAUGUAUGGGUUGAAGACCCUGUUUUGGCAUGGAUUGAUGGAGAAGUUCUCAGGAUCAACGGUGAACAAGUUCAUGUUCAAGCCACUAAUGGGAAAACAGUUGUUGCACAUAUCUCCAAAGUAUUUCCAAAGGAUACCGAAGCUCCUCCUGGAGGUGUAGAUGACAUGACAAAGCUGUCAUACUUGCAUGAACCGGGAGUUCUGCAUAACUUGGCUGCAAGAUAUGAACUUAAUGAAAUAUAUACAUACACUGGAAAUAUACUGAUUGCAAUAAAUCCAUUCCAAAGAUUACCGCAUCUGUAUGAUAUGCACAUGAUGGAACAAUAUAAAGGUGCUGCAUUUGGAGAGCUAAGCCCUCAUGUUUUUGCAGUUGCUGAUGUUGCAUACAGGCAAAUGAUCAACGAGGGAAAGAGUAACUCGAUUCUAGUUAGUGGAGAAAGUGGUGCUGGUAAGACUGAGACAACAAAGAUGCUUAUGCGGUAUCUUGCAUACAUGGGUGGUCGUUCAGGCGUGGAAGGGCGAACUGUUGAACAACAAGUGCUAGAAUCUAAUCCAGUUCUUGAAGCAUUUGGUAAUGCCAAAACUGUUAGGAACAACAACUCCAGUCGAUUUGGUAAAUUUGUUGAGAUUCAAUUUGACAAGAAUGGGAGGAUAUCAGGAGCAGCUAUACGUACUUAUCUACUUGAAAGAUCUCGUGUUUGCCAAGUUUCUGAACCUGAAAGAAACUAUCAUUGUUUUUACCUUCUGUGUGCUGCACCGCUGGAGGAAAGAGAGAGGUAUAAGUUGGAAGACCCGAAAUCAUUCCAUUACCUGAAUCAGACCAACUGCUAUAAGUUAGAUGGAGUAAAUGAUGCUGAGGAAUAUCUUGCAACCAGAAGGGCAAUGGAUAUAGUUGGCAUUAGUGAGGAAGAGCAGGAGGCGAUUUUUAGGGUUGUAGCUGCCAUUCUGCAUCUUGGAAACAUUGAAUUUGCAAAAGGAGAGGAAAUAGACUCAUCUGUUAUCAAGGACCAGAAAUCUAGGUUCCAUCUCAACAUGACAGCAGAACUACUGAAGUGUGAUGCCAAGAGCUUGGAAGAUGCAUUGAUACAGCGUGUGAUGGUAACACCUGAAGAGGUUAUUACAAGAACUCUCGAUCCUCUUGCUGCGGUUCUUAGCAGGGAUGCCUUAGCUAAAACCAUUUAUUCCCGCUUAUUUGAUUGGCUUGUGGAUAAAAUUAACAAUUCUAUUGGGCAAGAUCCAAACUCAAAAUCGUUGAUUGGAGUUCUUGAUAUAUAUGGUUUUGAAAGUUUUAAGUUCAAUAGUUUUGAGCAGUUCUGUAUCAACUUUACAAAUGAAAAACUUCAACAGCAUUUCAAUCAGCAUGUAUUUAAAAUGGAACAAGAAGAAUAUACAAAAGAAGAAAUCAACUGGAGCUACAUAGAAUUUGUUGAUAACCAAGAUGUGUUGGAUCUGAUUGAGAAGAAACCUGGGGGUAUCAUAGCACUUCUUGAUGAAGCCUGCAUGUUUCCUAAAUCUACACAUGAAACAUUUGCUCAGAAAUUGUACCAGACAUUUAAAAACAACAAGCGCUUCAUCAAGCCUAAGCUUUCUCGUACUAGCUUUACCAUAUCUCACUAUGCAGGGGAGGUGACGUAUUUGGCUGACCAGUUCCUAGACAAAAACAAAGAUUAUGUAGUGGCAGAACAUCAGGAUCUUUUGACAGCUUCCAAAUGCCCUUUUGCAGCUGGCCUAUUUCCUCCACUUCCAGAGGAAUCUUCGAAGUCAUCUAAAUUUUCUUCCAUUGGGUCACGUUUUAAGCUACAACUCCAAUCUUUGAUGGAGACCUUGAAUUCUACAGAGCCUCACUAUAUCAGAUGUGUGAAGCCAAACAAUUUACUAAAGCCUGCAAUAUUUGAGAAUGCUAAUAUUAUCCAGCAACUACGCUGUGGUGGUGUUCUUGAGGCAAUUAGGAUUAGCUGUGCUGGGUAUCCUACAAGGCGGACAUUUUAUGAGUUUCUUCUCCGUUUUGGCGUUCUUGCUCCAGAAGUUUUGGAAGGAAACCAUGAUGACAAGGUUGCUUGCCAAAUGAUUUUGGAUAAAAUGGGAUUGAAGGGUUAUCAGAUAGGCAAGACAAAAGUCUUUCUCAGAGCAGGUCAGAUGGCUGAACUGGAUGCAAGAAGAACUGAGGUACUUGGAAACGCAGCUAGAACCAUACAAAGGCAAAUCCGCACGUAUAUUGCACGUAAAGAGUUCAUUUCAUUGCGUCGGGCUGCCUUCCAUUUACAAUCUCAUUGCCGAGGUGUAUUGGCCCGCAAGCUAUAUGAAGGGCUGCGGCAAGAAGCAGCAGCAUUAAAAAUUCAGAAGAAUUUCAGGCGAUACACUGCCAGGAAAGCCUACUUGACUCUAUGUUUGUCAGCGAUCUCUUUGCAGACAGGCUUAAGGGCAAUGACUGCUCGCAAUGAAUUCCGAUUCAGAAAGCAAACUAAAGCUGCGAUUAUUAUCCAGGCGAAAUUGCGUCGCCACAUAGCAUAUUCUUAUUACAAGAGACUUCAAAAGGCUGCAUUAGUUUCUCAAUGUGGUUGGAGGCAAAGGGUUGCUCGUAGAGAGCUUAGGAAGCUCAAAAUGGCUGCAAAGGAAACAGGGGCCCUUAAAGAAGCAAAGGACAAAUUAGAAAAGCGUGUAGAAGAAUUAACAUGGCGAUUGCAGUUAGAGAAGAGAUUGAGGACUGAUCUGGAAGAGGAAAAGGCACAAGAAAUUGCCAAGUUACAAGAUGCUUUGCGUGAGAUGCAAAUCCAAGUUGAAGCAGCAAAUGCCAGAGUAAUCAAAGAACGAGAGGAAGCUCGGAAAGCAAUUGAAGAAGCACCUCCAGUUAUUAAGGAGACCCCUGUAAUAGUUCAAGACACAGAAAAGGUUGAAUCAUUAACAGCUGAGGUAGAAAGUUUGAAGGCUUUGCUGCUCUCAGAAAGACAGGCAGCAGAAGAGGCAAGGAAAGCUCAUGCGGAUGGUGAGGCUAGAAACUCAGAAUUGGCUAAGAAACUAGAAGAUGCAGCGAAAAAAAAGGAUCAGCUUCAGGAAUCAGUCCAGAGGCUGGAGGAGAAACUUUCCAACUCAGAGUCAGAGAAUCAAGUGCUUCGUCAACAGGCACUGACUAUGUCACCAACAGGGAAAUCUUUGUCUGCACGACCAAAAUCAAUGAUUAUCCAGAGGACUCCUGUGAAUGGGAAUGUUGCAAAUGGAGAGGUGAAGGUGGCAUCGGACAUAAUUCUUGCUGCAUCAAAUGCUCGUGAACCAGAAUCGGAGGAAAAACCACAGAAAUAUCUCAAUGAAAAGCAGCAGGAGAACCAGGACCUGCUGAUCAAAUGUGUAUCACAGAACUUGGGAUUCUCCGGGGGGAAACCAGUUGCAGCCUGUGUCAUAUACAAAUGUCUUCUUCACUGGAGGUCAUUUGAAGUUGAAAGGACAACUGUUUUUGAUCGUAUCAUUCAGACAAUAGCUUCUUCCAUUGAGGUCCCUGAUAACAAUGAUGUCUUAGCCUACUGGUUAUCUAAUUCAUCCACAUUGCUGCUGCUGCUGCAACACACACUCAAAGCAAGUGGUGCUGCUAGCUUGACACCACAAAGACGGAGAACAUCAUCUGCUUCUCUCUUUGGGAGAAUGUCUCAAGGGCUAAGGGCAUCUCCUCAGAGUUCUGGACUUUCAUUUCUUAACAGUCGGGGGCAUAGUAGACUGGAUGACUUGCGACAGGUUGAGGCUAAGUAUCCAGCAUUACUUUUCAAGCAGCAACUUACAGCCUUCCUUGAGAAGAUAUAUGGAAUGAUACGAGACAAUCUGAAGAAAGAAAUCUCCCCAUUGCUUGGGCUAUGCAUUCAGGCACCAAGGACUUCCAGGGCAAGUUUAGUUAAAGGUCGCUCUCAAGCUAAUGCUGUUGCUCAGCAAGCUUUAAUUGCUCAUUGGCAAAGCAUUGUCAAAAGCUUAAAUAGCUACUUGAAGACAAUGAAAGCAAACAAUGUACCUCCCUUCUUAGUGCGUAAAGUGUUCACUCAAAUAUUCUCUUUCAUCAAUGUUCAGUUGUUCAACAGUCUUCUUUUACGGCGCGAGUGUUGCUCAUUCAGUAAUGGAGAAUAUGUAAAAGCUGGUUUGGCUGAAUUAGAACAGUGGUGCUAUGAGGCAACUGAGGAAUUUGCAGGCUCAGCUUGGGAUGAAUUAAAGCAUAUAAGACAGGCUGUUGGAUUCCUAGUCAUACAUCAAAAGCCCAAAAAGACCUUGAAUGAAAUAACAAAAGAGCUUUGCCCGGUGCUAAGCAUACAGCAGCUGUACCGGAUCAGUACCAUGUACUGGGAUGAUAAAUAUGGCACCCAUAGCGUGUCUUCAGAUGUUAUAUCUAGUAUGAGAGUUAUGAUGACAGAGGAUUCGAACAACGCUGUUAGCAGUUCUUUUCUUUUGGACGAUGAUUCAAGCAUCCCAUUUUCUGUGGAUGACAUCUCCAAGUCAAUGCAACAAGUAGACAUAGCUGACAUUGAUCCUCCUUCAUUAAUUCGUGAAAACUCUGGUUUCGGGUUCUUACUUCCACGCUCUGAGUGAUGUUCUUUGUGGGGCGUCAGGGGGAGUUGCAGCACAAUGAUGUGCCAAGACCUGUGCAUAAACUCAUCAUGCCAAGACCUGUGCAUAUAGUUUCACUAUCCGUCAUCAUCCAUGUGUAUAAUAAAUAUAUUUUGCGUUAGUAUCAGGGGACCAUGUUUGAUGCCUGAGUCGAUUCAUUUUUUUCCCCUUGUGUUACAGAAACACAAGGGAGUUUUGUUAAGAAGCCAUGUCACAUGUGAAGUGUGAUAAUGUGCAGAUUAUAGAAAGAGGCAACGGUGCCUCGUCAUUUCUGAGGCCUGCAACAGGUCUCCAUUUUUUCAUUACUUCUUUAUACUUUUUUUUCCCCUUCAGUGAGGCUUCCUUCAUUAUUGUUAUUUGUUGGGUUUUGUUUGUGUAACUGACUGACAUCAGCUGCAUUUUAUAGGCCAUUGUACGAGGAAACAAUUUGUAUGUAAGUUGUUGUGUUCUUUUUUU